AUGGCACCUCUUAGUGUAACCAUGGCCUCUUAUGUACCACCUCUUAGUGCAACCAUACCACCUCUUAGUGUAACCAUGGCCACCACCUCUAAGUGUAACCAUGGCCAUCACCUCUUAGUAAAUCCAUGGCCACCUCUUAGUGCAACCAUGGCCACCACCUCUAGUGUGGCCCCUAAGUCAGGCCAGCAGGUCCCUGAGUCGGGCCAGCAGGUCACUGGGUCGAGCCAGCAACAGGUCCCUAAGUCAGGUCAGCAGCAGGUCCCCCGGCUCAGGCCAGAAAGGUCACUGGGUCGGGCCAGCAACAGAGUCCCUAAGUCAGGUCAGCAGCAGGUCCUAGUGGGCAGACCAUCAGUCGGAGCCAACAGCAGGUCCACUCGGUCGGGCCAGCAGCAGCAGGUCCCUGGUUCGGGCCGCCAGCAGGUCCCUGGGUCGGAGCCCCAGCAGCAGGUCCUAAGUCAGGCCAGCAGGAGGAGCCCUGGGUCAGACCAACAACAGGUCCCUGGGUCAGGCCAGCAACAGGUCCCUAAGUCAGACCAGCAACAGGUCCUUAGUCAGACCCAGCAACUGGGUCCUAGGCCAGCGCUUAGCUCCCUUCAGGCCAGCAACAGAUCCCUGAGUCAGGCCAGCAGGUUCCUGGGUCCGGGUCAGCAGCAGGUCCUGGGUCGGGCCAGCAGCAGCUCCUGGGUCAGGACAGCAGAUCCUGAGUCGGGCCAGCAGCAGGUUCCUGGUCAGGUCAGCAGCAGAAUCCCUGGAAUGGACAGCAGCAGUUUCCUGGGUCGGGCCAGCAGCAGUUUCCUGGGUCGGGCCAGCAGCAGGUUCCUGGGUCCCGGACCAGCAGCAGGUUCCUGGGUCGGACCAGCAGCAGGUUCUGGGUUCAGAACCGCUCAGCAGGUUCCUGGGUCGGACCAGCAACAGGUCCUUAAGUCGGGCCAGCAACAGGUCCUUAAGUCGGGCCUGCAGCAGGUUCCUGGGUCGGGCCAGCAGCAGGUUCCUGGGUCGGACCAGCAACAGGUCCUUAAGUCGGGCCAGCAACAGGUCCUUAAGUCGGGCCUGCAGCAGGUUCCUGGGUCGGGCCAGCAGCAGAUCCCUGAGUCGGGCCAGCAGCAGAUCCCUGAGUCGGACCAGCAGCAGGUUCCUGGGUCGGGCCUGCACCAGGUUCCUGGGUCGGGCCAGCAGCAGGUUCCUGGGUCGGGCCAGCAGGUGGUGGAUGACGACGACUUUGAAACGAUAGACAUUAAUAUCACAACUAAAUGUGAGAUAGUCAUCGACAACCCGGAUACUGGAGACCACUGA